AUGACAGGUCAGUACUUCACCGAUGAGGAAGUCGAGGAUACAGAAGCCAACCAUGUAUUGGCAAUUCCAUCAUACUUCACCAAAUUUCCAAACUGGAAUAAUCUGAAAGUGAGCAGUACAAGCCCGAAGAAUAUCAAUCAUUUAUCACCACAGGAGAGAAUGAAGCAGAUAAAUAGACUUGCAUGCCAGGGAAUUUUAGGGAAGUCCCCGGGAACGUUUAUUACCAAUGGAGAAAAUGAAUAUUUGAACACACAAUUGAAAUAUUUUGCUGGGAAACAGAGCAGGUUCGGUUCAGAGAAGAAUGAUGAAUCUGAUAACGCUGAAUUUGGAGGUUCAGGCCCUCAUUUAUAUCAAAACGAGAACAGAUAUGGUCAUAGGCAUACUGCUUCUUCUGCUUCCGGCGUUUCUGUCCAGGAAAAAUCGCCAACCAGUCAUAAUAAUGAUAAAUAUGAGGGUGCCCGUCUUCCAACCCAAUGGAAUAUCAAGCACGACGUUAACCUUGAUGUCUCAAAUGAUGGACUAACUGUGUCAACCGAGCAUCCGGUCAGAACAACAAAGAAAAAGACCCGCUUACCGUUUGGUUCGACAAAGGUCGAGAAGGCAUACUAUCCGAUCAAGUCUGAUCGCCCAAUCUGUAUGGAAGCUCAGUUGUAUUAUUUUGAAGUGACUGUUCUCACAAGCCUCAGGGGAGAUCCUGGAAUUUGUGUCGGAUUUGCUCGCCUUGCAGAUCGGAUCGAUAGAGAUCUCAGUGAUAUGAAAGGAUGCGUGCUUGAUGUAUGGAGUUAUGACAGCAAAGAAGGUGAAGUGAGCACUUGCUGGGAUAAUAAAAAGAUCACCAAGAAGUGUCCAACAUUUACAGUUGGUGAUGUGAUUGGCUGUGGUGUGAAUUUUACGAGGAAAUGUGUAUUUUUUACAAAAAAUGGCAAUUUCUUGGGAGAGGCUCUUCCGAUCGGAAGUUUGAAUCAGCACUAUUAUCCAAGUUUGAGCAUGACGCAGUGGAAUAAGGUUUCGACAAAUUUUGGAACUACGAAAGCAUUUGUAUUUGACAUUGAUCAGUAUGUGGAGUCAAUAAAGAAGUCAACCAUUGAAAAAAUUGAAAUGGAGAAGGCUGUACCACUCGAAGUAAAGGGGAUAAUAAAAAUUGACGAUGACCAGGAUAUUAAGAACGCUACCAAUAAGCUUGUGAAGGACUACUUUAUUUUAAAUGGAAUGGAAGAAAGUUUGAAAAGCUUCGGAAAGGAAAUACAAAUAGAGGAAGUCGGGAACGAGCAAGAGCCUGCAUACACUUCAAGCAAAAUAACUAAAUUGCUUAUAAAAGUUCAGACCCUUUUAAUGAAUGAUUUUUACCAGGAUGACACACAGGAGGAGAUGGGUGUUGGAGAAACACUUUUGCUUCUUCCUGUCGAUCAAGAAGGAACACCAGGUUGGGAACAUAAUCCAGAACUUGUAUCUAUAAGGUUCGGCCUCAAGUGUAUACGUCUCUUCAAACUUAUAAAAAAAAAUGAUGUGAAUUCUGCACUUGAAUAUGCCAAUAAAAUGAUCAAUAUGUUGGAAUUCGAAGAAACAUCAUUUUAUAACCACAUCGCUAAAAUAAUGCGCUUUUGCUUUAUGAAAGAUGCACCUCGCCUUACCGAAUUUCGCGUGGAGUACGCAGCUGAAGCUGUUCGAACGAGGGACUUAAUUUUAAGUAGAAUAUUCUCGCGGAAACUUGACAUUGACAAUAGAAAUGAGAUCGAUAAGGUCUUUGAGACGGUUAGAGUGAUGUUAGAACAGAAAAGUAAAUCCGAAAGCCUGGCGGCCACAGUCGAUUUUGCUAAUGACUAUAUCACUCUUUGA